GGGGCGGGGCCGGAAGCGGAAGUGCUGCUCGGGGCUGGGAGCGGCGGCGGAGCGGAGAUGAACCUGGAACGUGUCUCCAAUGAGGAUAAACUGGAGCUGUGCAGGAAGUACUACCUGGGGGGCUUUGCUCUCCUGCCCUUCCUGUGGCUGGUCAAUGUUGUCUGGUUCUUCCGUGAGGCCUUCGUGGUGCCUCCCUAUGGGGAACAGCCUCUUAUCCGCAGCUACGUGCGCCGCUCCGCGGUGGGGUUGGGUGUGUGGGGGGUGGGGUUGGGGGCGUGGCUUGGGCUGUUCCAAACGCAGCGCGCGCGGUGGGGGGCGUGGGGGGACUUCCUGGCGUUCACCCUCCCGCUGGGGACCCCGUGACCCCCCCCCCCCCGCUUCCGGGCACGUGGUACGGCCCGGGGGGCGGGGCCGGGAGGGGACACGCCCACUGCUGCACCGCCC